UUUUCACGACUAUGCUAGACCGUGUAUUUAGCUAGUGAUAAACGGAUACAAAUAUUUUCUAUUUGAUAAGGUUCGUUUCCACAACCAGGUCUUAACUUUUGAGGAACUCAGGAUUUGAGCAAGGUUAAUUCUGCAAAUCUAUAUCAUAGCAGUCGAAUGGCAUAACUAGUGUAUGGCAGCCCUUUACAAAGAAUUAAAAAAGUCAAAAUGAGGAACGUUACACAUAGUACACUUGAGAGGUAUGAGUCAGGGACAAUGAUCCAAACCAGGGCAUUUUUCACACUAACGUUACAUAUGUAAAAAGAUUUGCAAUGGGCAACUUCUAAAGAAAUACAAAAAAUAACUUCUAAAGUACGUAACCGUACCAUUUUGUUGUAAAAAUCGAACAUUUUUCAAGGACCGAACUAACAACCAAAACAACUGAGAAGUUUUCCUCGACCUUUCUAUCCUCCGGUCACACACAUUUUGACGAAAAACCACAGAGAUAGGAAGAAGGUACUGCCCACCACUCGUUAGGCGAUUUUUGCAGCGGUUGGUACAAGUCACGCGCUCCUUGCUACUCGUGGAACGCACAUGCACUCCCUCUGCAGUACUACUGCUCCAGUAUUGGCUGACGCUUUUUAUUGGCCAUGAAGUUUAGAGGUAACUUCCUGACAGAAGUGUUGGACCUGUUAUUUGUGAUAAUAACAGGGAAGAGGAAUAGUUUGAUCGGUAGUAGGAACAGUGUAUUGGCUCAGUGGGAAGCUGUCAGUGUGUAGUUCUUAGCUGGUGUUUGUAGAGAGUUUGGAUGCGGGCAUAAGUUUAGUCAGCGUCAGUGGACAGCUCUAGUACCUCGGUAAAGCAGUAGUUCUGUUUAGUUUGUGCCGAAGUGGAGUUUAGGAUGAUCGAAGAGCGCGAAGCACGAUCCCGUUUGGAGCUGGCUGGGCAGUCCCAUUUGCUGCGCUUCUGGCCGGAGUUGAGUCCGGUGGAGCGCAGCUCUUUGCUUGAAGAGUUGUCCUUGCUACAGGCAAAAGAGCUGAGGGAACACUGUAUGGCGGCGAUGGAAGCGGCAGGUCGGGAUAAUGGACCGGUGCAGCAGCUGGACCAGCGGAUGGAGCCCGUGCCUCCCGAAUUCUUCGGGAGUGCAUGUAGGAGUGAUGACACUGAACUAGCAGCCUGGGAGAAGGAAGGUAUUCAUCAGAUUUCUGAGAACAAGGUGGCAGUUCUGCUCCUGGCAGGAGGACAGGGUACGCGACUGGGGGUAUCAUACCCAAAGGGAAUGUAUGAUGUCGGACUUCCAAGUGGAAAAACCUUGUAUCAAAUCCAGGCUGAGCGCAUCCGUAAAGUACAACAGUUGGCUGCAGAGAAACAUGGCAAGAAGUGCAUCAUACCAUGGUACAUUAUGACCAGCGAGUUUACAUUAUCUCCAACUGAGAAGUUCUUCAUUGAGAAUAGUUAUUUCAACCUUGAUAAGUCAAAUGUGAUCAUGUUUGAGCAGAGGAUGUUACCAGCAGUGACGUUUGAUGGAAAGGCCAUUCUAGAAGGCAAAGGAAAGCUCGCCAUGGCCCCAGAUGGAAAUGGUGGUCUGUACCGAGCACUGGCUGACAAUAAAAUUUUGGAAGAUAUGGAGCGGAGAGGCAUUGAGUAUGUGCAUGUUUAUUGUGUGGACAACAUCCUGGUUAAAAUGGCUGAUCCUGUCUUCAUUGGAUUUUGUGUGACUAAAGGAGCAGACUGUGGAGCAAAGGUUGUGGAGAAGGCCUAUCCAGAGGAACCAGUGGGCGUUGUGUGUCGUGUGGAUGGCAUUUACCAGGUGGUGGAAUAUAGUGAGAUCAGUGCAGAAACUGCAAAGAAACAAAAUCCAGAUGGAAGCCUGACAUUCAGUGCUGGCAAUAUCUGCAAUCACUUCUUUACACGUGACUUUCUGCAGUCUGUAGUAGAAGUUCAUGAAAGGAAACUGAAGCAUCAUAUAGCUAUAAAGAAAGUCCCAUACACGGACGAUGAUGGACAUUUUGUCAAACCUCAGAAAGCCAAUGGGAUCAAGUUGGAGAAAUUUGUCUUUGAUGUAUUUCAGUUUUCAAAGAGAAUAACUAACCUAAUUUUUUUCAUUUCAUUGUCUGAACUAUGGGUUGACGUUAUGAAGGGGACCCAUGCAGAAUACUACUGCAACUUGCUGUGCCGAUUAAAGGAAGCAUUGAAAGAAAUAAGGAGAUGGAAGCUGCAGAAGGUAGUUCUCUUUUUGCAAGACAAUGCACCUGUUCACAAGGCUGGCAAAACAAUAGAUGUUUUGACAAAGUUGGUGUUUGAGUGCAUAGACCAUCCAUCCUACUCACCAGGUCUUGCUCCAUAUGAUUAUUUCCUGUUUCCAAACCUUACAAAGAGUUUGAAAGGGCAGCAAUUUUUGAGUGAUUCAGAGGUGAUAGCAGCAGUGGAGCAGUAUUUCAGUGAACAGACUUCAAACUUUUUUGGAGGGUUACAGAAACUUCAGGCAUGA